GUGGGGAACUGUCGCCAGAGACUCUGGUCUCCCAUAAUGCCUUUCGAUUGUUUCUGGGAAUUCCCUUCUUCGCCUGUCCAGGAAGUCCAGUUCACGGGAAGGGAAGGCGUGCGUAAAGAGAGAAAUCACCUUUUUCAGCCAAUGGCUGAAUUGCUUCCAUCCCCUGAAAAGGACCUCACUAGGCUGGGUUGUGCUACCUUGGUAGAACCGCUGGCAGAUCCUACUUCACUUCCAACAGAGCUAGUGUCUGCCGAGAUCAAUCCCCCGUGUCGCUUUUUCCUGGAAGGACGUUGCCGGUUUGGUGUCCGCUGCCGAAACUAUCACUCCAGUGACGGUGAUGCCCAUCAUUUUGAAGAUCGUAACCCCACCUCCAAGCGUUCCUCACAGCUUUCGCCGAGCAAGAAGCCUGCCAUGAAAACGGCAGAGGAUGUUAUCUCUCGUUUGCUCUGGGACGCCCAGGUGCCUGCUGAACACUUCUCUGUUGGUUACCUUGACCGGUUCUUGGGGAUAGUGGAGCAACCUUUUAAUGAUUUCUCAUGGGAGGAUCUAACUUCAGCUGGGCCUGCUGUACUGGCUAUCCCCAAACAUAGGAUCCAGUACUUUAAAUAUAGGGAUCGUACAGUGUGGGACAAAGGGAAUCGCACAGAUGAUAUCUUUGGGUCUACAGGAAGUGGAAGAACCAUCUUGGACGUGAUAAAGGAAGAAGAGGAGGCAGCUCAAGCCAUCAAGGAAGAAAAUGACAGCCGUCCUAAGGCAGAUGAACUGGCAAGUAUAGGGCAAGUUAUGGCCGAAUACAGUGGAUCAGAGGAUGGCAAUGAUCCAGUUAGAGCUGGAGAAAAGCAGCUGAAUAGGACAACUGCAGAAGUGGGUGUAGUCAACAAGAUUGAGGAAUCCAUGCAAAAUCUGAAAUUGGUUGGGGAUGCAUGCUCCAUACUAAAUGAAAAUGGUGCGAGCAACAGGAUGGAACAAGAGGAAGUUCUCUCAGUUGCAAAUAGCUUUUCUACCAAGGAAAAGGUGAUCGAACACAGCUCAGAGGAAGAUGGCCCAGGGAUGAUGGAAGGAAGCAUAGCUUUAGAAAGCAGAGAGAUGUACUUUCCUCGUCCCAGAUGCCGUCCCACUCAUUUUGUAGCUAUCCCGGUUACAAGCCCAGAGAUCUGGAAAGCAGUGAAACUUUUCCAAGAGGCCCUCUGUAGAGUUCGUCCAGAUUUAGCCAAGUUUUGUGUGCCUUUGACUUCUCUCCAUCUCACCCUUGGCUUGAUGCGUUUACACACUCCAGAAGAGAUUUACAAAGCUGUUGUGGCUCUCCAAGAGCUACAAGCCAACACCCGGCGCCUGCUGCCCCCUGCCUUGCUUCUUUCUUUCUGUAGUGUUGAGACUUUUCACUCACAUGUGCUCUAUAUGUCUCCAGCAUCUGUACCUGACCUGGAUUUACUGGCCCAAACUUUGGAGAAUGCCUUUAGCAAGAAAGGGUUGACUGUAAUUCAACCUCCACACACAGAGAAGUUCCACUUAACAAUUGUGAAGAUACCACCUGCAAAGGCAGCACCACAACUGCCAACAGACUCCUCAUGGAUUCCUAGUAUUGAGAAUUUAGGAACACAGGCAGUAGAGGCACUAUGCUUAUGUGAGGCAGGAAAGCACAGGACUGAUGGGGCAUACACUACAGUACUGAAAUUAAAAUUAUACUGAAAUUCCUUAUCAGUGGGUAAGAGUGUGUACAAGCCAAGAUCCACUUGUUGAAGCACGUCAGCUGCUUAAAGUGAAUGUAUCAUUGUGAACAGCAGAAAACUCAGAAAAUGUGGUGGACUGGCUCUGGCUUGAGGAAGUUUGUAGUAGUGGAAGCCAAAAUCUAAGGUCAGGCUGCCUCAAAGCACAUUUAAGCAAAGAGGAUGAAAAUCAGCAGGUAUACAACUGCAAUGUAUUUCGACACAACGACCAAGAUAGAAGCUGUCAGAUGGGAGUUAUGCAACCUCAGAAUUUCUGCAGCUUCUUUGUACCUGUACAUAGAUAAAAGUGAAGUACAACUGUGUAGUUCAGAAUAAAGGCACCAGAAGCCAUUUUAUGCACUCUCUUUAAUAUGCUGAUUGGGUGCUCUCCUUAAAAAAAAAAAAGAUGUGUUCAAGAUUCCCAGAGGAAGGAUGUGGUUUAGUUAAAAUUCCUUUGCUUUUUGAUGUACUGUAACAAAAUGAAGCACUACUUCUUAAUAAAGAUAAACCUGAUCC